AAGGAAGUUUAGUUAAUAAUUUGAUCAGGUAUGAUUAUAAACCGUGCAUUUUUAAAACAAUAUGAAACAAUAGCGGGUAAAUACACCGGAAAGUUGUGAUCGUUUGCACUGAAUAGGUUAAAAAUUUAUCUGUCAACAUUAAAUAUCAUAUUUAACUCCAAUUGGAAAUAAAUCAUUAAAAAUGUAAAACAGUGAAUAACGACUGACAAGACAGGAUAUGAGCAAAUGUGUUUAUUUAGUUCUCUAAAAUAUCAAUGUUGUUACAAGGAACAUAUUAGGAGUGACAUUAGACAAAAAUAUUUGAAAAUUUAACAUUCUGGUCGUAUUAAUGUGUUUAGUGGUAUAGUAUAGACAGACGUAUAAUAAUAAUAUAGUGUCUCCGGUGUAGACAAGCAUUUGUAAAAAUUUGCUAUGGAUAAGCAGAACGAUAAAACAAAUGCUUCUUCAGGAAAAGCAGAACUAAAAACCGAUGAGAUACAUGUGAGUGAAAGUGAAAUAAAAAGAGAAGCUGAUGAAGAACAAGAGGCUGAAAAAGUAACAAAUAAGGAAAGAUCUUGUGAGACUUCAAAAAGUGAUUCAUUAAGGCUAUUGAAUGCCAUAAAGACACACAAUUUUGAGCUCGUCUCUACCAUAUUGGAAAAUAGUCCAAAACUGCAUAUUGAUAUGGGGGACGAUGUAGGAAAAACGCCAUUGCACCAUUUGUGCACCUUUGGACGCAGCUCAGAAGUAGCGCUUUGUCUACAUCGAAAACCAGAUGUCAAUAAAGUGGAUAAAAUUGGAUGGACGCCUUUGCAUCAUGCCGCAAUGAAAGGUUACACGGAAGUAGUUAAGCUUCUUGUUGACGCUGGUGCAGAUGCAAAUAAGCCUGACGCACAAAAAGGUCGCACACCCCUCCAUCUUGCAGUUUGGAGAAACCAUCAAGAAAUAACGGAAUGUCUAAUACAAAGUGGGGCGGACGUUGAAUUUGGAGAUCAGGAUGGGAAAACAGCAGUAGACUUAUGUAGAAACGAGUUUAUGAAGAACAAGAUUGAAACAGCCGUUCUCUCUCAAAACAACUCUAAAUAUGAGAUCCGGUCAGUAUUUAAAGCUACUAUCCCACACAUUGUAGUUUUGGCGUUUUUGAAAUAAAAUGUCAAACAAAAGAUAAAAUGUUA